AUGAACAAGCGAAACCGAGAUGAUGUAGAUCUCUAUCCUAGUAUCUUUUCAACAAGCUACGACAUUGCACAGCUGUGGGCAGUCGAAGGUGAAGUUGAAAAGUUUGCUAAUGAAAAAGAUGAUGCGAAAGAAGAGCUGUGUGGUCUUGAAGAAAUAGACAACAUCAACAGCCUUACGUUUAAAGCUGGCUCAGAGAAAAAUCGAAAGGUGAGUAACCGUUUUGACGAAGAAGGAGUUUUUUCUAUAAACUGUGCGAGACAUGGCGUGCCUAUUCGAUUAUACGAUAUUUAUAAUGGCGAAGGGCGUAAGUACGCACUUGCGGCUAUCAGUCAUCUUAUAAGUUUAUUGGGUAACUCUCAAAAACUACUAAUUAUGUAUGACAUUAUUUGCUUGUGUAAGGGCAAAUUAGAGUCGUGUAUACCAGGGCUAAAGGAGAGGGCUCCUUUAUAUCUCGUGACAGUGUUCCACGCCUAUGCUCAUAGCAUGCACUGUCAAGUCCAACAUCAUCCACGAGUUGUCAAUGGCAGUGGCAAUACCGAGCGCUUCUGGAGCACAGCAAAUCGCUUCAUUUCCUUGAUCAGACAGAUGAGCAAAUUCAACCGCAAAUCAUUGUUACCAGAUGUCGUAUAUCAUUUCAGACAGAACAAAAUGUUGGAAAUUCCGGGACAAAUCUUAAAAAAGUACACUAAUGCAAUGAAGAAGGUGAGCGAGCUCGACAUUACAAAUGAGAAAUUUUCUGCACUGGAAAAACAGUGGAGUGAGCAUGUAGAAAUUGCGAUGAUUCCAGCAACUCCUGCCGGUGUGCAAACCCUUAUAGAUAAGGCAGAACAAGAAACCCAUGUCAGUAGGUAUUCUUACUACCUAAAAUUAACUGUUGAAUAUUUGCUGUUGGAUGACUUGAGAGAUGAAAGUGGAAGAAAAAUUGAAAUCACUACCAGGAAAGAUAUCAAUAGAAACAAUUUUUUGGUCGAUCAAAUCAAGCAAUUACAAUCUGUGUAUGGGUAUGCGAUGGUCAACUGCCUAGAUGAUCCAGCCUUGCAAGAACAUCGAGAACGGACCAUUGAAGUUCGAUACAAUGUAAUGAAUACAUUUGUAAAACACCUCUUUUUUGCAAUUCUGAUGAAAGAGCACAAGAUAUCUCAACCUGGCUCAUUUAGCACUGCAAAGGCAGCCAGAGUUAUUUCGUCGCUUGAAAUAUUGAAGAAGAAAGCAGAGGCGAUUAUUUCGAUGAUCAACAAAUUUGUAGAAACCUCAUACAGUACGCAUGCAGAGAUUGACAGAAGAAAGAAGAAGACAGUCGGAAAAGAAGUGGAACGGAUCAGACUGUAUGCUGCCGAAAAUGGUCUGGAUUUGCCCACCCCUUUGAACAACUGGCAUAUAUUGAAAAGAAACGUCGAAGAAAUUUCUAUUUUGAUAGGUGAAGCAAAGAGGGUUCUUGGCAAUUACGAAGAUCUUAGCGAUGACGAGAAUGAAAUUUACGACAACAAUGAGGAUGAUGUGGUUGACGCCGGUGAUCCAGCCGAUGCAGAUCCUGGUGAAGGCGGUGAGCCAAACCCAGAAGACGAAAUUCUAAUCAUAUUUCAAGAUAUUGUGGAAGGAUCAUAA